UUGUCGAGGCCAGUCAGUCCUUGCCCGUUUACGCUCGGGUUACGAUUGAUCGCUCGUUUGAUGACCUUGUUUUGGUGCAUUCUUUUAUAAGGCAGGAAUUCCGCAAGAUCAGGACGGAUAACGUGUCACGGAAAUCGUCACCAAGUUGAACCAGAGCGAACGAUUCGUGAUUAGUUUUCUGUGAAGUGUCGUCGGUUGUAUUGCGCGCCACUCGUUUCUCUUGCCAACAGGCGAAACUGUCGCUACGGGACGACGAUACGAUUCAGAGUUCGAAAAGGAUCUAUGUGAAGAUGAACGAUCUAGUUAAUAUCUUGUUGGUACAAACGGCUCCUUAGACACGCGACAACGUAUCUCGCUUUCGCAACGUCUCCUGCUCUACUCUGUGAACUAGUUUUGUGGCCAUCAACGACGGUCACUUGGGAGUUUCAUUAUCAGUUUCAUUACAGAACGUGCCCCUCCACGCUUUCCCAAGAUCAACCUGUCACGGAUCACAAUAUCACUGAGAGAAUCGACGCACCGGCCAUUACCGCGAGGAUGACCCAAUACGAGGCGUGUUUGCAGCCAUACUUUUCUUAACGUCUCCAUUCUGAAUUGUGCCAUCGAGGAGAACAUCAUCCUCCGAGAUCAGAGCUCGAAGCACAGAUCGACGAACGGGGUGGAGGCGCGAUAAAAAUAAAGAAAAUGGGAGUGCCAGAUGUAGAGCAGGCUAAGAGACGACUGCAGGAUAUUCUUAGGAAAGCACAGAAGCUCGAGAUUCCUGCGCAAGAAGUGAUCUCGACGCGGACCGCCCAGAAGCUUCUUGCCAGGACGAGGAACGUCCUGGCAUGGACGAUUUGGAUCACCGUUUUUGUUCUUCUGCUCAGUGGUGUGGUCUAUGUCCGUUGGCCGACGAAACAAGAAGUCGAGACCAUUAGGACUGUCCUUAGGCGAACGUGUUCUGGAGCAGCUUCAGGAGACUUCUCGGAGCGUGUGGCAGCACUUUUACACUCUUCUUCCACUCAAGACGACUGCUAGUCCUCGUCGAGAUUCUUUUGAGCUGUUCUAUACUUCUACAGUGAAAAAGUCAAUGGAAAUGUUGAAGAAAGUCGUAUCGUGUCAUAUCGCUCACCAAGCGUUUACAACUUUCGAGUUAAUUCGUAAGCUUUAAUGCGGUUCAAGAUACCAAUUCGUAUCGUGAGUUGAUGAUUCCACGUUGAUACUCAUAUGCGUAAACCGCUUGUCCAUGUUCAUGAUCUGUCAGAAAUUCUUUAACUCGGAUCAUUUUCGUUCGUCGCAAAAAUUUUUGCAUAUCAGCUCACUUUGACUUCCUUUCGAGACUCUUUUCUGCAGCAAAGAUCUAAACACGUCGUACUUACCAAGUAAAGACCGUCUACUGGCUAACACAGUAACACGCUGAAACUAAUUCGCUGAAACGCAAAAGCUUUAUUUUUUUUUCUUUUUUUUUUUAUUUCUUAAUUAUUAAUAUUGCAACGUAGAACCGACGAAACAAAAGUUACUUGGAAUACUAAUACCCGAACUCCUGGAUAGCUGGCCUCGGAUUCGUUAGAAAGCGAUUGUUACUUUUUCGCAGUGUUAAUCAUAACGAAUAUUUACGAGUCCAUAAUACGAGUUUACGAGUUCCAUCUUUGAUAUUAAUUUCUGAUAUAAUUUUUCUUCUUUUUUUCUUUUGCUGAUUAAAAAAGCGUUUUCAAACUAAAUCGAAUUGCGUCAGAUUUCAUUAGUUAAUUAAGCAAAUGAAAAAUGCAUUUCCUUCGAAAAAAAAUUUCCUGAAAAUUAUACUAUGAUCUGCAUCUCUACAGGAGAUCGAUCAGCAAGAAAGACGCGUAUAUUUUACUCUUUUACGAAUGUGUUUAAAAAUGUAACGCUCCAGCUCAAAAGAGGAAUAAAUGAAAAAGAAAACGCUCAAGCUCGAAAGAAGGAUAAAUGAGAAAGAAAAAAAGAGCGUAUGCGCGAGCAGUAAAAAUGAAUGUCAGGAUUGCGAAGCACGGAUGAAGGCAAAACAGAGAAUUUGAAAGAUCGACUUAAGGACGGAUAAAACGAUCUUGUAUAACAAUCAAAGUAUGUGUGUGAAGUUACUAGAGAACUGAAACGAAUGAGUGGCACGUAGAUAAGCUCGAAAAACUGUCGCGUUCAAGGACGAAAAGAAGUAGGAACUGUUUGGGGAAAAAAUGAUGGACAAGACGAAACAUGGAAGAAACAAGGAAAGAAAACAGAAAGAGCCGAGCUCUAGGAUAA